AUGGAGAGGAGAAAUUUAUUUUUGCCCUGGAUUCUUCUUCUUAUGAUACACAUAACGGAUUCCUAUGCUGAUAAUCCUUCCAUUAUUGAAAACAUUUCUAGUCGGGGAGAAAAGGAUCUUCUAAAAGCUAUACUAAGUGCCUUGGGGCAAUUUGCAAAAAACCAAGCCAUCAAAAUGGACGUCAUAGAAGAAAAAAUUAAUGUUUUGAGCGAGAAAAUUUCACAUUGUAGGUCUGAAACGUCAAUACACGCUUCCAAAACAUCAAAACACGGCACAAUCAGAUCAAGAAAAUAUGCUCCCAUACCAGCAUCAACAAAAUCAAACACUGCUACAUCGAUGACGACAAUUUCAACGACACCAGCAUCAUCGGUUUCAUCAAUAGGUAGCAGGGGAAGAGAGUUCCUAAUCCUCUUCAUGCGAAACCAUCCCGAAGUAACAGGGACUGUAGCUAUCUACAUUACAACAGAAAACAAUACUUCCAUUAAUAUCACAACUUCUCCCCAUCUAAGUGCGAACAUUAAAUCAGCAACGGACAGAAUGAUGAAUGUUUCCUCCAAUUCCAGUUUCACCCUCCCUUUUAAUAUGACAUGUGAAUAUUCUACAAUUGAAGCCAAGGCCAUACUGUUAAAGACAUCUGAAUUGUCGACCGUAUCUAUCCUCGAUAGUUUUCAUAAAACAUCUACCGAUGGAACUCUGAUUUUACCAACCGACAAAUUGUCAACGAAAUAUCUUGUUUCCUCAACAAAGCCAUAUUAUUCGGGCAACAAGGAGUACCUCAGUCAGUUUGCUGUUGCAGCCGCACACGAUAAAACGAAAGUAAACAUCAGAUUUAGAAUGAAGAGCAAUGCUUCCAUUUCUCUACUUGGUGGAACAUACAGAGACCAGGACCUAUUCACAACAUCUUUAGAUAAAUAUGAAACUUUGCAAAUCGGGCAUACUACUGACCUAACAGGAACUUUUAUUACAUCUUCAGAACCAAUAGCCGUAUUCUCUGGAAACCGAUGUCAGUAUCUAAAACUCAGUGCAUGUAGUCACAUGGUAACUCAGUUACCUCCAACUACCGAGUUAGAUAACCUUUACAUUGUGCCCACAUUCUAUGAUAAUUCAGGGACAUUGAUUCAAGUAAUCAGUGACAGCAAGAGUUCCGUACAUGUCAGUAUUUGAAGCAGGGAAUCAACGUGGCACAUGAAGGAAAAAGAAUUCAGAAACAUUGAAGAAACAUCAGAUGAAAUCACUAUUCUUGAGUCAGAUAAUCCCAUCUUGGUAACUGGUUUUGGAAUGGGUUCCGGCUAUUAUAACCCAUAUAUGACCGUCAUUCCUGGAAUCCAUCAAUAUAUCGACUACUAUAAGAUUGUUGUGCCAGAAGGAUAUACAAAUAACUAUAUCUGUGUGAUAAUUCCGAACAAAUUUACCAACUAUCUUCAGAUAAACGGUUCCUCUUUUGAUUAUUACAAAACUGUCCGUCUGAGUUCUGCUGUCUUAGACACCACCUUUAGCAUUCGUUUACUUGCCGUUAACAGCGGACCCUUGGUUGUAUCUACAACAAAUAAGGCAAACUUCGGGUUGAUUAUCUACGGAAAUAGGUAUGAUGACGGGUAUGGAUUUGCUGGCAAUUAUGUACUUUCCUAAAAUUUUAAAAGAAGGAAGAUAAAAGUAUGCUGCAUUUAUCGAGAUUAAUUAUAUUCAUCAUUUUUUAAGCAGUACAUUUUGGUAUUAUGAAUUAUUAUAACCGAGGAAGAUAUCUCUAAUUUUACUUGCAGUCAAAUUCAGGAAGAUUUUAAGCUACACUACUGUAUUAAAUUUCCCCUUGGAUUCCCC